AUUAAGUAGUCCCCUAGUUAAGCGCCCGAAAGAAGUCUAAAACUCAUCAUCUUCAUGGAAUAUGGGCAUCUGCUUGGACACGGAACAAAACAAUGAGGAACUGGAGACGGCGGACCGCAGCCGGCGCAGCUCGUGGCCCGCCACGCCGGCCGCCGGCGCCUUCCCCAUGCAGAACACCACGCACGUCAAGUUCGAGCCGCCCGCAGUGCCCGUUAUAUUCGUGCUGGGCGGGCCAGGCAGCGGGAAGGUGACGCACUGUGACACGCUGAUGCAGGAGCGCCGCGGUCUGGUGCACGUCAACAUGACAGACCUGCUGCAGCAGUACGCGAUAGGAAAUGACAUGCAGGACUUCGGCUCGCUAUCCAGCAAGACGGUCACGGAGGUGCUGAUGCUGGAGAUGAAGAUGGCUCCGGCGGCGCGCGCCUACCUCGUCUCCGGGUACCCUCGCUCCAUGCGCGACGUCGCUGAAUACUCCGACAAGAUCCAGACGCUGAGCGGCGUGGUGGUGGUGAGCUGGCGGCAGCGCGUGCUGGAGCGGCAGAUUGAGUACGGCGCGCGGCUCGGCCACGUCGUGCUCAGCCUGGCGCGCAUGGAGCUCACCAACUUCUACCGUAACGUCGUGCCCGUCGCAGACUACUUCGACCAGGCCAACAUGCUGGUAGCGAUCAACGGCGAAAGGAACCCAGACGAGGUAUACAAGGACUUUCGUGCGGCCGUCCUGCAGAUCCUGGGAACAGUAGAGGACCAGAACAUGAACGGCGUGGGUGUGGGGGGAGGGGGUAUUCCAGGCGAGAUAGUGGGCGUGGAGCCGGCACCAGCUCGGCUGACGGACGUGGACGUGGAUGAUGACGCGCUGCCGGAGACCCGCCUGCCCACCAUACCUAUGGCGCCGCCCAAGGUGCCCGUGCCGAAGGUGGUUCCGGUCAAUGGAGUCAACCAUACUAGUCCUAAGGCGGAGGUGAUCAGAGUGCGUGGUGCGGCGAGCGCGCCCGUCACGCUGUGGGUGGUCGGCGGGCCCGGCAGCAACAAGGCGGCGCUGUGCGAGCGGGCCGUCGCACAGACGCAGGGGUGGACGCACUUCAGUCUCGGUCAGCGUCUCCGCUUGCUGGCGGACGCGGGGGGCGGGCCGGUGUCGGACGGGGCGCUCGCCCGUGCGGCUGUGACGGCGGGCGAGCUGGCGCCGCGCGAGCUGGCAACGCGGCUGGUGCGCGCCGCCGUCAGCGACGCUGCGCGCGCCGGGCACGGCGUCGUGCUGGACGGGUACCCGCGAGACGUGGAGCAGAUGGACGAGUUUGAGCGGGAAUUUGGCGUCUCGCCCCGCAUGGUGCUGCUGGACUGCAGCAAGCUGCAGCUGGGGCGCGGGCGGCGCGACGACUCCGUGGCCGCCUUCCGCCGCCGCCUGGAGGUGUUCCGCGAGCUCUCCCUGCCCAUGCUCAAGCGAAUGGACCAGGACCACAGGCUUGUUAUUGUGGAUGGCGAUACCGACUCGGUGGAGGUGCAGGCGGAGUUCGCGCGGGUGCUGCAGGAGGAGAUGAAGAAGGCGGAGGAGAUCGCCACCUAUCCUACGAAUCAAAAACGAAAUUCUCUAUCUCGUAUGUCCAUUUUUCCAGACAGCACGGCGCAGCGGCUGGCGGGCGCGACGACGCGCAUGGCGGGCGCGCUCGCCAACGGCGUCCCCAAUGGCGUCCCCAACGGCGUCGCCAACGGGUUUAUACCUAAUAACAAGGUGAAACCUCUGAUCAACAGCACGACGCGAAUUCCCACCGUGUCACAGAUGACCCACGACGACGUGCGCCGCCUGUACGAGCAGAGCACCGGCGAGAUCACCAUGAACACGCACAUCUAGUGGGAUGACGGUAUACUGGUAGGAUGAAAUUUAUAUACCGAUGGGACGGCGAUGAACACGCUAAAAACUGGUGGGUUAGCGAUGCGCGCGAUGUAGUCCGUCAUAAACUGGUAGGAUUGCGAUGGACAAGCUAAUGGUGAGUUAGUAAAGAAGAAGACAAACUGGUGGGAUGGCGAGGAUAUCAUCUGAAGUGUUGGCUAUGCGCAGGUCAAUCUCAUAUGCGUCAUAGCGUAGACUGUAGAGCAUGCUUAUAAAUCUCUGGGAUUGUAGACUCGUUGUAUAGCAAUGAAGACGCAAAAUAAACUGGCGAGAUAGCAAAACAAGAUUUAAAAAUAUCGUAACCGUUGGCGUAGCGUAGAUUAAGGCUGGUGGGAUGGAGGAAAAAAGCUUAGAACCGGUGAUCCGGCUAUGAACAUUGAACACCGAUGAGGUAGCAAAACGCGAAUAUACUAUUGAGGAAUAAUCGAUUACGUGGGAUGGGGAAAAAGCGAUACAGAUCGUGGAAAAGGACAAUUGAUAGAUGAACUUUUGAAGAGGACUUUAAUGUGAAAGUGACAAGUGCCGAAAAAUUAUUUAAUAAGUUACGUUAAGAAAGCACAAAUAGAAAUUACUGUAGAUAUUUUAAAGGGUAGAUACUAGAUUGUUUAUUAGUUGAAAACAUAGUUACUAUUUCUUGAAUGUAUGUUCUAGCUAUUUACUUAAUGCCAUAACGCACAUAGCAUAAGAUAUGCGACAAGUGCCUUAGCACUAGAUAUAAAGUAGAUAUUAUAUUGUAUGUAUUGUUGUUGUAAAUAUUGAAACUAUAUGUAAUAUGUAUGUUGACGUGCUCUCUUACCUGAAGCAAUCGCCUGUGAAGAAUUUAGGUUAUGAUUCAGACUUGAUAGGAUUCAUCAGAGUAGGUACGAUUACAGAGAAGAUAGAUACAGUUAAGGAAAUCCAGAUAAUUCAG